AUGGUUGAUGGGCCGCUCUCGCCCCCACACCCCCCCCCCCCCCCCCCAAUCGCCCUCCUUCCCCCAAUUCCAACUGCGCGAGCGAGCGAGAGCAAGCGAGAGAGUAAUAGGGACGAUGGCAUCGGCCGGUGGAAUCAGGGGCUUCUACCGGGAGAAGAAGAAGGGCGGAGUGACCAAGCCCUCCCCCAAGCCGUAUUCCACUGCCGAUCCGGCCUGCUCUCCUGUCCUCAAGUCCGCCCAUGUCCAAGCACAGUGAAAGGGGAGCUAAUGACUUGUUCCAAGCACCUCAACUCCAAUUUGUUUUAUGCGGCUCUAGGAGGAUUAGGCCAGUUUGGUGUCAUCACCGGAGCUAGAAUCGCCUUGGAGCUGGCACAGACAAAGGUGGAUCUUGCACCUGGAAUGAUACAUGUUCAAUACAUGUUGAUGUCCCUGGUGAUGAGUUACCCGAAAGGGGAAUUGGAUAAGAUUUAACAACAAAUGUUAAAUACCUGGGGCUCAGACAAUCCCCCUUGCUAUAAAAGAUCCAGCAAGCAAAUCUGCUCCUGCUUAUGCUUUCUGGCAGGAAAAGCUGCUCAAUUGCAUGACACCAGUAAACCAAUAACACAACCAGCUGAGUCCAUAUCAUAAUUCAUAAGAGCUGAUUGAGGGAAGAAAAAUCUGAGUAGAAAGAAUUGUGACCAGGAGAUCAAUGAAAACCCUGCUAUGAAUUUGUUGCAGUCCUCAUUCUCUGAAGUCUCUUUUUGCAUCAAAAGAAUGCUCGAUUCCUGGUUGUAACUCUAUGUGUUGCAUUGAGCUGUAUCAGGGCAGAACUUCAUAACAUAUAGCAUAUCUGUUUUCAAUAAACUAUUUUGCAAAGAAAUAUAAGCAUAGAAGAAGGGAAAAGAUAAUAUGGGUGACAUUUAAUGCCACAUAUUAUUUUUUUCAGUGCUUGCUCUGCAAGAAUUGGUAGAAAAUUGUCAAAUUAUUAAGCAGCCUGAAAA